GUCAGGUAUAAAAGUAACAGUUAAAAUAGGACCAACAUCACUGUGCCAACAUAGUUCUCUGAACUACUAACACCACAAUCAUGACCAUGGGCAAGAUCAUCUUCUACGAGGACAGGAACUUCCAGGGUCGCCACUAUGAGUGCAUGAGUGACUGCUCUGACAUGUCCUCCUACCUGAGCAGGUGCCACUCCUGCAGGGUGGAGAGCGGCUGCUUCAUGGUCUACGACCGCCCCAACUACAUGGGUAACCAGUACUUCAUGAGGAGGGGCGAGUACGCUGACUACAUGAGCACGAUGGGAAUGAGAGACUGCAUCAGGUCUUGCCGUAUGAUCCCCAUGCACAGAGGUCAGUUCAGGAUGAAGAUCUAUGAGAGGGAGAACUUCGGUGGUCAGAGUUACGAGCUGAUGGACGACUGUGACAACAUCAUGGACCGUUACCGUAUGAACGACUGCCAGUCCUGCCACGUGAUGGACGGCCACUGGCUGAUGUACGAGCAGCCCAACUACAGAGGCAGGAUGAUGUACAUGAGGCCCGGAGAGUACAGGAGCUUCAGGGACAUGGGCAUGAGUGGCAUGAGGUGGAUGAGCAUGAGGCGUAUCAUGGACAUGUAAAAACAGUUGUGUAGAAUAUGUCUAAAUAAGCCAAAAUAAUAAAACUUUUUUUGACAAAAUA